AUGGCACAGCACAAGAGUUUCUCUUCCUCUUCAGUCUCAAACCGUCCCAUCUCUCUUUUAAAUGGUCUCCUUCUCCUGGUUUCUCUCCUCCUUCUCCUCGGUGUGUUCUUACCCUGGGCAGGAUCUCCCUUAUUCCCGUUUCCAAACGUAAGCUCUUCUUCUUCUUCUUUGCCUUCUAACUGGCGCGACUAUUCCCUCUCUCAAGCGGCUGAGUUUGUCGCUAAGGACGGGACUGUGAUCAUCUGCGCCGUUAGCUAUCCCUUCUUGCCUUUCCUCAACAACUGGUUGAUUAGUGUCUCGAGGCAGAACCAUCAAGACAAAGUCCUCGUGCUCGCUGAAGAUUACGCUACUCUCUACAAGGUUAACAAGAAGUGGCCUGGUCAUGCCGUUCUCAUUCCUCCAGCGCUCGAUUCUCAGACCGCACAUAAGUUCGGUUCCCCGGGUUUCUUCAACUUCACUUCACGGAGGCCGCAACAUCUGUUGCAACUAUUGGAGCUAGGUUACAAUGUUAUGUACAACGAUGUUGAUAUGGUCUGGUUGCAAGAUCCAUUUCAGUAUUUAGAAGGAAGCCAUGAUGCAUACUUCACUGAUGACAGGACUACAAUCAAGCCUUUGAAUCAUUCUCAUGCUUUGCCAACUCCGGAUCGAAACGGAGUGACUUAUAUAUGUAGCUGCAUGAUUUUCUUGCGUCCCACCAAUGGCGCAAAGCUUCUAAUGAAGCAAUGGAUCAAAGAACUUCAAUCUGGGUCUAAAGCUUAUGAAGGAAAUGAUCAGCCUGCUUUUAACUGGGCACUUAACAAAACAGCUCAUCAGGUAGAUCUCUACUUGCUUUCUCAGGCAGCUUUCCCAACAGGAGGAUUGUACUUCAAGAACGAGACAUGGGUUGAAGAGACAAAGGGUAAACAUGUCAUAGUCCACAACAACUACAUUAUCGGUUACGAGAAUAAGAUGAAACGCUUCCAAGAUUUUGGUCUAUGGCUAGUCGAUGAUCAUGCUCUUGAGUCCCCACUGGGAAAAUUAGAUUAA